UCUUCUUGUCAGUCUGUACUUCAGUGACAGCUUCUCGCUGCCGUCGUGAGCAAUGGCAGAAGGUUUCAUCUGCUCUGUGGAGAUGUUUGAAAUGCACAGCUAACGUGGGUAUUCAGAACAAGACGACACAGAAGUGAGCUAUAUUUCUUUCAAUAGUAGCUUCGAAAAUGAAGGUCAGAGGGUUCAGCUGGUGAAGGCGUACAGAACACCUCAAAGAGUCGACUCUGAUUUAAGAUACAGUAUCUAAAGGCAUUUGUGCCUGAAGCCACGGAAGAUAGAUGGACAAGCCAAGCAACUUCUGACUCUGCAUCAUUUUCUGGGGCAAAAUUAUAUGGCAAUGUAUCCUACAAGGGUGUCUGGUGAGGAAUGCAAUGGGAUCAAUAGCAUGUCUGCGGAGAGCGGCCCUGGGACGAGACUGAGAAAUUUGCCGGUAAUGGGGGAUGGACUAGAAACUACCCAAAUGUCUACGACGCAGUCACAGGCCCAACCCCAGCAAGGCAGUACUGUAGGCGUUAACCCCCCUCCACCAGAGACCUCCAACCCCAACAAGCCCAAGCGACAGACCAACCAGCUGCAGUAUCUGCUCAAAGUGGUGCUCAAGACGCUAUGGAAGCACCAGUUUGCGUGGCCUUUCCAGCAGCCUGUGGAUGCUGUCAAGCUGAACCUCCCUGAUUAUUAUAAGAUUAUUAAAACUCCUAUGGAUAUGGGAACAAUAAAGAAACGCUUGGAGAAUAACUACUACUGGAAUGCUCAAGAAUGUAUCCAGGACUUUAAUACAAUGUUUACAAAUUGUUACAUCUACAAUAAGCCAGGGGAUGACAUAGUCUUAAUGGCAGAAGCUCUAGAAAAGCUUUUCCUGCAGAAAAUCUCCGAAAUGACCCAGGAAGAAACUGAGAUUGUUAUAGCCCAGACAAAAGGAAGAGGACGUGCGAGGAAGGAAGCAGUUACAUCCAAACCAGGAUCAUCUACGGUACAGAACGCGACCCAAGCGUCGUCCCCAGCCCAGACGCCGGCUCCGCCGCAAAAUCUCCAGUCUGCGCAGACAACUCAUUCCUUCCCUUCCGUGACCCCCGACCUUAUUGUACAGACGCCAGUAAUGACGAUGGUGCCUCCUCAGCCUCCCGCGCCUCCUCCGCCUGCACCCCAAGCCCCUGCUCCGCCGGCCCCAGCUCCCCAGCCCAUCCAGCCUCACCCUCCCGUUAUCCCCACUCCCGCCCAGCCCGUGAAGACAAAAAAAGGAGUGAAGAGGAAAGCAGACACCACCACACCAACAACAAUAGACCCGAUUCAUGAGUCGUCAUCGCUGCCCACUGAACCCAAGUCCACCAAGCUGGGUCCGCGAAGGGAAAGCAGCCGCCCAGUUAAGCCUCCAAAGAAGGAUGUUCCAGACUCACAGCAGCACGUGGUAGAAAAGAGUAGCAAAGUGUCGGAGCAGUUAAAAUACUGCAGUGGAAUCAUCAAAGAGAUGUUUGCCAAGAAGCACGCUGCCUACGCCUGGCCCUUCUACAAACCUGUGGACGUGGAAGCACUGGGACUGCAUGAUUAUUGCGAUAUCAUUAAACAUCCCAUGGAUCUGAGCACAAUCAAAUCUAAACUGGAGAACCGGGAAUACAGAGAUGCUCAGGAAUUCGCCGCUGAUGUGCGAUUGAUGUUUUCCAAUUGCUAUAAAUACAACCCUGCCGAUCACGAGGUGGUCGCGAUGGCACGGAAACUGCAGGAUGUGUUUGAGAUGCGCUUUGCUAAAAUGCCUGAUGAACCAGAAGAACCUGUGAUUCCAGCCUCUUCUCCUGUGGUGGUGCCACCUCCGACCAAGGUGGCUCCCCCUUCGUCUAGCGAUAGCAGCAGCGAUAGCUCCUCCGACAGCGAUAGCUCAUCAGAUGACUCCGAGGAAGAGCGAGCUCAGCGGUUAGCAGAACUCCAGGAACAGCUUAAAGCAGUGCAUGAACAGCUUGCAGCCCUGUCCCAGCCACAGCAGAACAAACCAAAGAAAAAGGAGAAAGACAAGAAGGAAAAGAAAAAGGAGAAGCACAAAAAGAAGGAGGAAUUGGAAGACAGUAAGAAAAGUAAAGCCAAGGAGCCACUGCCCAAGAAGGCUAAGAAAAGUAACAGCAACAGCAGUACCUCCAGUAAGAAGGAGCCUGUGGCGGUGAAGAACAGCAAGCCCCCUCCAGCCUACGAGUCUGAGGAGGAGGAGAAGUGUAAGCCAAUGUCCUAUGAGGAGAAGAGGCAGCUGAGCCUGGACAUUAAUAAACUCCCGGGUGAGAAACUGGGCCGAGUUGUCCAUAUCAUCCAGUCAAGAGAACCCUCGCUUAAAAACUCCAAUCCGGAUGAGAUUGAAAUUGACUUUGAGACAUUAAAACCAUCCACGUUACGGGAGCUGGAGAGAUACGUAACGUCGUGUUUACGGAAGAAGAGGAAACCUCAAGCAGAGAAAGUGGACGUAAUUGCUGGUUCCUCUAAAAUGAAGGGGUUCUCCUCCUCAGAGUCUGAGAGCACCAGCGAGUCCAGCUCCUCCGACAGUGAAGAUUCAGAAACAGUGCCGACAGCACCACAGACGAGCAGCAAUAUGCUGGUAACGUUUGGCCGCUUAGGUGCAAAGUUUGAGGCUCGCGUGCUUUUGUCCUCCCCGCCGCCUUUCGUACCUGCCCAGGUCCCCGUGCUGGAGCACCCGCUCCCGGGGAACAUGUUCGACACUAUGACGCAUUUCGCCCAACCCAUCCUGCACCUGCCGCAGCCGGAGCUGCCGCCCCCCCUGCCCCAGCCGCCCGAGCACAGCACUCCUCCCCACCUGAACCAACACGCCGUGGUCUCUCCGCCAGCUUUGCACAACGCUCUGCCUCAGCAGCCCUCGAGACCCAGAGCGGAGAUGAAGCCGCUGGAGGGCGGGCGGCCUGUCAUUAGACCCCCCGAGCAGAACGCGCCGCCGCCGCCACCGCCCCCGCCCGGUGUGCAGGACAAAGACAGGCAAAAACAGGAGCCGAAAACGCCUGUCGCCCCCAAAAAGGACCUGAAGAUAAAGAACAUGGGCUCGUGGGCGAGCUUGGUGCAGAAGCACCCCACCACGCCGUCCUCCACGGCCAAGUCCUCCAGCGACAGCUUCGAGCAGUUCAAGAGGGCGGCGCGGGAGAAGGAGGAGCGCGAGAAGGCGCUGAAAGCUCAGGCAGAGCAGGUGGAAAGGGAGAAGGAGCGUCUGCGGCGGGAGCAGGAGAGGAUGAGGUGAGGGCACCUUCGUGC